AACAGGUAUCCAAUUGGAGCAUGAUAAGGAAGUUAGGAGGAUAAAACACCUAUUGUGGUGGGGCAGCACCUAGUGUGUCUGCAUAGUUUCAUCAGUUGAGUCAAAUAUUUGGGCAGAAAAAGGGACUCAUCGCUUCUCCCCGUAAACACUGGAGAGGAUUGGAAGCUCCGGACACUGUAUUGAUCUCCAUUCAGCCGAGAGCGGAUCUGCCUCCAUCGGGCCUGGUCGGACAUCACUCCACUGCUCCGCCCCUGGGCCAUGGUACAUCAGAGAUCAGAAGCGGCAAUAUGAGCAUUACUCCAAUGACCACCUCGGACAGCCAGCUGACCCCCACCUGGGGCCCAAACAACUCUUACCCUGAAGUGCCCUUGGUGAUGUCCGGCUACACAACCUACCUGUGGCCCCACGACUCCCAGCCCCAAUGCUGGAGUAAGUACCAGGUGUGGGAGUGGCUGCAGCAAGUCAUGGACAUGCACCAGAUCGAUGCCUCCAACAUUCCCUUCCAAAACUUCGACAUGGACGGCCAUCAGCUCUGCAGCCUGAGCUACCAGGACUUCAUACGCGCUGCCGGCAGCAUGGGAGCCACCCUCUUCCACAGCAUCACAGAGCUCAAGUGGAACGGCCAGUGCCGUGUGGACAUAGGGCAACUGGAACUCAAACCAGAAUAUUUCCCCUGUCCAUUUCCAGAUGUCAGCUAUCCACCUGGAGAGAUCUUCAAUCCCGCGACUCACCCCCUGGCACCUGCGGUCUCUCCGACCCCUUCCAGUCCAGACAUAAAGAGAUCUUACAGUCGCCCUCAUCAGGUCAAAAGACACAACCCAAGGGGGACCCACUUGUGGGAGUUCAUCAGGGACAUUCUGCUGAACCCGGAGCGGAACCCGGGGCUGAUCAAGUGGGAGGAUCGGACGGAGGGGGUGUUCCGCUUCCUGAAGUCGGAGGCAGUGGCGCAGUUAUGGGGCAAGAAGAAGAACAACAGCAGCAUGACUUACGAGAAACUGAGUCGGGCAAUGAGAUAUUACUACAAACGGGAGAUCUUGGAGCGAGUAGACGGACGCAGACUGGUUUACAAGUUCGGAAGGAACGCGCGAGGGUGGAGGGAGUCGGAGAAGUGACAGUUUCAUUCAUUUGUGUUUUGCUUGCCGUUGUGUGCAAAUGUGAAUUUUUUUUUUUAUCAUACCGUAGUUUAACCGACUGUUUGCGAUGAAGUUGAUGCUUGAACUAUUUGUACAUUGUUGAUAUUUGUGUGUGUUGCCUUUUUUCUUUAAAUGAAUCCCUUUGUUGUGACAAUGCACUGACAUGUUGUUUACUGUGCCUUAUUAAAGAAAACAUGUCGGCAGUCAAACCUCAA